AUGCAACUUCCUCACAGACCCGUACAGGGGCAGCCUCCCCAGGAGAGGCCCCCAUAUCCUCCUCGUCGUGCACCUGUGCCUUUGGCUCCUGUAGGCACAGCAGCACCCUUCUCUCAGGGGCCGUCAGCAGCAGCAGGAGCAGCAGGAGCAGCAGCAGGAGCAGCAGCAGGAGCAGCAGGAGUGUAUGGGCAUGUGCCUGAGGGCCCCCUGGGUCCCCGUGGGGCCCCUUCUGGCUUUGGCGGGGCCCCAGGUUUUGAGAUGCAAGGAAGAAGUGCUGAAGGGGUAAUGUCUGCUUCUUCUUCUGCUUCUUCUUCUAAUCAGUAUAUUUCAUCACAAAGAGGGAGCAGCGGCGUCUGGGGCUUUCCUUUUGCUGGAGGUGAAGGAAACCCUGCUGCAGUUGGUGUGGGGUCAAAGAGCGCUGAGCAGCAAGUUGUGCAGAUGAUGCUGCAUUCAGUAGCAGACAAUUGGAGUGUACAGGCAGAGAAGCAGGUGUCUCUGCUGCAGCAGCGCUUCCCUUCAUUUCUUGCUUCUUUAAGACCUUACUUCUGCUAUGUGCACAUUGCGCUGCUGCUGCUGCUGCGUCUGCUCUUCGAUAUCAAUCGAGCAGCACCAGAUGAGGUUAUAGCUGACGCAGAAAUGCAGCAGCAAUCUGAAGCAGCAGCAGCAGGGGAGUUGUCGCCUGCAGCAGCAGCAGCAGCAGCAGCAGGGGGCCGACCCUUGAUCCCUCUCUGUUGGUUCAUUUUGCCUUGUAAAGUAUUCGCACCCUAG